CGGCAAGUUCACUUCCAAGGGAAUAAAGUAUAUGUUAUUGAAUAUUGAAUGUCGCACGCGGUUUUGUUCCGAACGGCAUUAGCUGGGAAGAAGUUAUUAAACAUGCGGCUGGCAAGGGGAAUUAAGUAUGCAGUCAUCGGAGCAGGAGUGGCGCUGUUCGGAGUUCUCUUCGGUUGGGUCAUGUUCCCUGCUAUACUCAAGAGUCAACUUAAGAAGGAAAUGGCGUUGUCUAAGAAGACCGAUGUCAGAAAAAUGUGGGAGAAGAUUCCAUUUGCUCUGGACUUCAAAAUUUACCUGUUUAACUAUACCAAUCCUGAGGAGGUGCAGAAGGGAGCAGCACCGAUAGUUAAGGAAGUUGGACCUUAUUACUUCGAAGAAUGGAAAGAAAAGGUGGAGAUCGAAGACCACGAGGAAGACGACACAAUAACCUACCGCAAAAUGGACACAUUCUACUUCAGACCGGAGCUGUCAGGUCCUGGACUCACAGGAGAGGAGACUAUUAUCAUGCCCCAUGUCUUCAUGAUGAGUAUGGCCAUAACGGUAUACAGGGAUAAACCAUCAAUGAUGAACAUGUUAGGGAAGGCGAUAAAUGGCAUUUUCGAUAAUCCAUCUGACGUAUUCAUGCGUGUCAACGCGAUGGACAUCUUGUUCAGAGGGGUCAUUAUAAACUGUGAUAGAACAGAAUUUGCCCCUAAAGCAGCUUGCACGGCUAUCAAGAAGGAAGGAGCUAAAAGUCUUAUUAUUGAGCCCAAUAAUCAAUUCAGAUUUUCUCUGUUUGGUUUGAAAAACCACACCGUCGACUCUCGUGUAGUGACAGUGAAGCGUGGCAUCAAGAAUGUGAUGGACGUAGGCCAGGUAGUGGCAAUGGACGGAGCACCACAACUGGAAAUCUGGAAGGACCAUUGCAAUGAGUACCAGGGUACUGAUGGCACUAUAUUCCCGCCUUUCUUAACGCAAAAGGAUCGCCUGCAGUCGUAUUCAGCUGAUUUGUGCCGGUCCUUCAAGCCAUGGUUCCAAAAAACUACUUACUACAGAGGUAUCAAAACGAAUCAUUAUAUUGCAAACAUGGGGGAUUUCGCCAAUGACCCAGAGCUCAACUGUUUUUGUGAGACCCCAGAAAAAUGCCCUCCAAAGGGUUUAAUGGAUCUGACAAAAUGUGUAAAAGCUCCCAUGUAUGCCUCUAUGCCACACUUCUUGGAUGCCGAUCCUCAAAUGCUAGAGAAUGUUAAAGGUCUGAAUCCUGAUAUGAACGAGCAUGGAAUACAAAUUGAUUUUGAACCAAUCAGUGGCACACCAAUGAUGGCGAAACAAAGAGUCCAAUUCAACAUGGAACUGCUACGAGUAGAAAAAAUAGAAAUAAUGAAGGAGCUGCCUGGUUACAUAGUUCCGUUGCUCUGGAUCGAAGAGGGUCUAGCUUUAAACAAGACGUUCGUGAAGAUGCUGAAGAACCAACUAUUCAUACCGAAGCGUAUCGUGUCUGUCAUACGCUGGUGGUUGCUCUCGUUUGGCAUGCUCGCUGCUUUAGGCGGAGUCAUUUUCCACUUCAAAGACGACAUAAUGCGUAUCGCUAUAAAAGGAGAUUCUUCAGUAACAAAAGUAAAUCCCGAAGAUGGGGAGCAGAAAGACGUAAGUGUGAUCGGGCAGAGUCAUGAGCCUCCAAAAAUCAACAUGUAAUCAAGUAUACGACGGCUUCUUAACCUAUAUGUGGCCUGGAGUCGUCAAUACAGGAUCUCGUACCGCGGUGUCUGGGCUCAAACUGUGAGCCUCGCGAGGACUUAUGGGCGACGAAGAUAAGCCAGAUUCACUGUUUAGUAUUUAGUAUUAACACUGUUUAGUGUAUUGGAACAUUAUUCUGGCGAGAAGUUGUCGUUAUAUAGUAUUUUUCACCGGUAAUUAAUUAGUUAGUGUUUUAGUUUAGUGCUUAAGUGUUUCUACUGCUGUAAUACAAUGAGCAAUUUAUAGUUUUUUUUUAUUCGGGCGCAGCAAAGUGUCCCCACUGUAACUAAUGGUAAGUGGAGUGGGGUCCAAUAGCAUGUCGACUAACGAGAGAUGAUUACUCGACAGUCGAAACUAUUGCGUAAUUACACAGGCUAUUCCCGAAACGACACACUUGUGUUUUAUUAAUAAGUUCUAUUUUUAUUUAAUUAUUAAAUAAGUUAAUUAGUCUAGUCGAAGUAUGUUAAUUUAGGGAAUAUUUGUUUUUAAUCUGUUCUUUAUCUGCAUUUAUUUUAAUGUAUUAUUUAAACAUAGUAUAAUGAGCCUAGUCACUGUAAAUAGAUUAUGUUAGACUUUAUUUUAAGCUUCUUGCAAUAAAUUAGUAAUCACG